AUAGAUAUUAUACAUGUAGUUACACUAUUCUUACUUUAUCGAGCACAUUUUUACAAAGAGUGAAUCAUAAUUUUUUUUCUCUUAUCAUCCUUGCCGCUGCACGCCCGACCUGGUUGAAUCAUUACAUUAUUGUGCUUUAUCGAGUACGUACAGUUCGGCAGCUAAAAUGCCAAAAAGACGUAGAUUUACAAGUGAAAGUGAUAGUGAUGAGCUAACUUCAGAAAGGGCACGGUUAAGGCGAAAAUUAGAACGCCUAGAAACGAAAAGAAAAUCAAAGGGAAAACAAAUAAGGCGUCGAAUUAUCGAAUCAGACAGUGAUGAUUCAAGUGGAAGUUAUUCUUUGGAUCGAAGGCAAGAACUGCAUGAAGUGCAGGUUCACAGGGAAAACGAAAUCCCAGAUAACCUAUGUGAAGAAACCCUGUCAGUAGUGCCAAAAAAUAUUAGAUUUUUACAAGGUCCGGAGAUAAAUCCAGAGAUAUCAGAGUCCAUAACUGAUGCUCAGAAAAAUCACGAUAAAUACAUGUCUAUUGUACAGAAUCAACUGGGAAAUGGCUUAUCCGCCUUGGCCAAAGGCUUAAAUGCACUAUUAGUGGACAAAGCGAACGCGGACGUUGGCUCCAAAGUUAUGCCCUGCCUUAUCGAUGCAGGCAAAGUGAUUACUGAUGCUUUUCAUAUGAUAACGAAAAGCAGGAAAUUUCAUAUUGAAGCUAAUCUAAACCCCACGGUUAAAAAAAUUGUUCGUGAUAGCAAACCCGACAAAUUUUUGUGUGGAGAAAAUUUUUCGGAAAAAUUUAAAGAAGCAAAGAACCACCAACGCACUGGAAAAGAGUUAAAGUUUGCUAAGGCAAAUUUUGUAGUAAAUAGGCAGUCGUCUUCCACCACCUACGCAAGAAGCUCAGGUCAAAGUGUAAGGAGGUCCUUUAGGAACCAGCCGACUUUAAACUACCGAGGAGCCUACCACAAGAACAAGGUGAAACGGACACCACCACCUCGGACCCAACGAAGGUACCCUGUGAAAGCACCUUAUUACCAGAAAGGGGGAUAUCAAAAAUAAUGGAGGACCCCCCAUCCGCUUUGGAGACAAUUAUCCCUAGUAGUAGGGAAAUUAUCAGGGGAUCAUUUCUAAAACGAGGCAUUCCUGACGCGGCGAUACCAAUAUUGAUUGAUUCAAUAAGUAAAGCGACUUUUAAACAAUAUGCAGGAACAUAUAAAAAAUGGUGGUUAUUUUGCCAGCGUAAUAAGGUAGACAUUUACCAGGCAAAUGUUGGAAAUAUUAUUGCUUUUCUUAAUGACCUUUUUUUAAACAAAGCAUCAUAUACGACUUUAAAUACUCAUCGGUCAGCAUUAUCAUUAAUUCUAAAUUACAGUAACGGGGAUGAAAUUUUGAUUAAGAGAUUCCUUAAGGGUGUGUACAGGGCUAAGCAAUGCUUUCCAAAAUACAAGACAACAUGGGACCCCCAGCCAGUCUUGGAAUAUCUAAAGAAAUUAUACCCGUUAAAUACACUUUCUUUGGAAAUGCUUACAAAAAAACUCGCAUCGUUAUUAUUAUUGGCAACGGGACAGAGACUCCAAACUAUUUCUAAGAUUAAAAUUCAAAAUAUUCAUGGUAUAGAAUCCUCAAAAAUUAAAAUUUUUAUCACAGAAAUACUUAAAACAUCAAGUUAUAAUCGUCAGCAGCCAGUUUUAGAGUUCAAUUAUUUUACAGAAUGUCCGGAGUUAUGUGUAGCGAAUACAUUAAAGGCAUAUUUGUUAAGAACAAGUUCAUUAAGAAAAGAUACUGACGAGUAUCUUAUGCUUACAUUUAAAAAGCCCCAUCAUAUAGCUAGUUCCCAAACUAUUGGCCGUUGGAUAAAAAAUAUAUUAAAAAUUAGUGGAAUUGAUACAAACAAGUAUCAUUCUCACAAUACGAGACAUGCUACAACCUCAGCGGCUUUUAGGAAGGGAAUUGGUAUAGAUCAAAUCAAAGAUACUAUAGGAUGGUCUCAAAGCUCGCAAGUGUUCCAGAAAUUUUACAAUCGGCCUUUAGAAGGCAAUAAAUUAAAUUUUGUAGAAUUAAUUCAGGGAAAUAAUUAAUAAUUUUUAAGAUAUAUGUAUCUCAGAUCUUUCAUAAUUAUAGAAAAUAAAUGUUUAUGUAAUAUUUUGUUUACCUGCUAAGGUAUUAUACUUAGGUUUAAGUGUUGAUGAUAUUUUUUUUUGAUUGUGUUUUUUGUUAUAAACAGAAGGUAAAUAAAUUUAAGGUUUUGCUUACUGGGAAAUAUUAGAAUUAUGUUUAAAUAUAUUAUAUUUUUAGAAAUUUCUAUACAUAACUUGUUUAAUUUAACUGCCAACAAAAAAUAGAAUUUUAGGGCCUUUAAACAUCUACAUGUAUAAUAUCUAUUUGGACGAGUAUACGAAAUAUAAUUUUAAGAACAAACGACUUACCUGUAGGAAGUUCGUUCUGAAUUAUAUGAGUAUACUCGUCCAAAUAGAUAUGUCCCAUACCCGGUUAAUUGUUAAAUCCCACCCGAAAUUCUAUUUUUCCACAAAAUGUAAUGAUUCAACCAGGUCGGGCGUGCAGCGGCAAGGAUGAUAAGAGAAAAAAAAUUAUGAUUCACUCUUUGUAAAAAUGUGCUCGAUAAAGUAAGAAUAGUGUAACUACAUGUAUAAUAUCUAUUUGGACGAGUAUACUCAUAUAAUUCAGAACGA